UUGCCGCACAUCGAGUACUUCAGGAUUAUAUAUCCGCAGCUACUCACGCGUUUUCAUACAUUGCGCAUUUUACUUCUGCGUACGCCGCUGCAAGUUUCAGAGUUUUAGCUAUUCGGAGAAAUAAAGAUUUAGCAAUGGCCAACUACAUUCACGUACCCGACGAGGCUCCAGCUGUGCCCAAAAUAGAUGUGACAGUUGACGAGAGCGACUACAGACCCGGUGCACUGAAACUGAUCAAGGAGCUGAGACCUAGCUGGAAGCCAUCCGAGGUCAAAGUGAAGUUUUUCACAGAUGGAAUAACCAAUAAGCUGUUGGGCUGCUAUGUGGGUUCAGUUAUGCAGGAUGUGGUUCUGGUCCGUAUUUACGGCAACAAGACAGAACUUUUGGUCGACCGGGAAAAUGAGGUGAAAAGUUUUCGAGUACUACACGCACACCGCUGUGCCCCGCGCCUCUACUGUACCUUCAACAAUGGCCUGUGUUACGAAUUUCUGCAAGGAACCGCCCUGGAGCCUGAACACAUUCGCAGUCAACCUGUUUUCAGGCUCAUAGCCAGGCAGCUGGCCAAGUACCAUGCCAUCCACGCCCAUAAUGGAUGGGUGCCCCAGUCUGACUUGUGGCUGAAGAUGGGCAAGUACUUUGCUCUCAUCCCCAAGUACUUCGAGGACCCUGAGCAGAACACCAGGUUGAGCAUGGAGGUGCCCAGCCCACGGUGCCUCCGAGAAGAGCUGGUGUGGCUCCAGCAGAGCUUGUCGGUGCUAGGCUCCCCCGUAGUUCUCUGCCACAACGACCUGCUCUGCAAAAAUAUCAUCUACAACCAGGAGGAAGGCAAUGUAAAGUUCAUUGACUACGAAUAUGCUGGGUACAAUUACCAAGCCUACGACAUUGGGAACCAUUUCAAUGAGUUUGCUGGCCUGAAUGAGGUGGAUUAUAGUCACUACCCAGAGCGGGCCUUUCAGCUGCAGUGGCUCCGCUCAUACUUGGAGGCCUAUAAGGAGCACAAAGGCCAGGGCAGUGACGUGACUGAUAGAGAGGUGGAGAUUCUUUACGUCCAAGUCAACCGAUUCGCCCUGGCAUCUCAUUUCAUCUGGGGUCUCUGGGCUCUGAUUCAGGCCAAGUUCUCCACCAUCGACUUUGACUUCUUGGGAUAUGCAGUCCUGCGCUUCAACCAGUACUUCAAGAUGAAAGCAGAGGCUGCUGCGCUGAACUUACCAGAAUAAAAGCCCCCACCCCCUCAUUUUCUCUUCCUCCUGCUCUUCCUCCCUUCCGACCUGCUCUGUGCCUCACAUGCCGACAGCCGAGCGCCCUCUAGGGGUCUGCACAGGGAAGAGCCAAACUGAGAGUCUGUCCUGUUCAGUGCCUGCAGGUCCCCUCAGUUGUCCUUAUCUCUAGAGAUUGAAAGGACCACAAUCUUAUCCAUCAUCUGCAGUCACACCUUUGGUAACCCGGAGGUAGCCCAAAUUUGUAGUAUGGGUGUGUAUGAAGGACAGACUUGACACCUGCUAUAAUGUGAAGUUCACAUGGCGAAAUUUAUUGUGAAAUUUAUUGUCAUUUCAGUUAUUCUAAUUGCAAUUAGGAUAUUAACAUGAUAUCAACAUAUGUAUUUGUUAGCAGCUUUUUCUCGCAGCUCAGAUCACUAUAAAUAGAAAGACGGAGGUGAAAUGUCAUCUCUUUCGCAACCAUAACACCGCAGCCACCUACGUGACUGAUAGGUUGCCCAAACACUAAUCUAGGUGGAGACACCUUUCUCAUAUGCACAUUCAUGGUGAAAACUGUCAAGAGCCAGCCCAGCCCAGCCCUGCCCAUCACCAGAUUUAUACCAACGCAAGAGCAAUACAAAGCCUACUUUGUUUGCUAAGAAAACAAGAUGGAGAAAAAAAAACCUAAUAAAUGCCAAGAUGGAAAGCCAGUACUAUCCCCUAAUCCCAUGUGAUAUUAGCCACACCACAAGAAAAAACAAAAAAGACAAACUUGUGGCCUGCCUUGUGACUCUUGUUCUCAUUUCCCAUCAUGCAGGGGUGGUGCGCCAAAAUAGCCAUGUAGUCAUUGUUGCUGUGUAGUUUGGUGAGGGAUUGUGUUUUUGCUUUCUUGACUUAAGAUAGGAACAUCGAGUUGUAGGAGAGCAUCUUGUGUUUACAUCUAACCUCUCCCUUGAGUUAAAUAGUUGUAGAUCACUGAACAGCCAUUUGACUUGAGAGAUUUUCACUGUAAUAGUUUAGGGUUCAGGUUUGUUUUGACACUUGGUUUUUGUCUAAAUCUUAACCGGGGACAAAAAAAAAAAAAAACAUGCAUCUCACUGUAAUUUGAACAUUCCAUGUUCAUAAUGCUAGACAGGAAAUUUGGUUGUAGGUCACAUGAUAAGUCAGCAGUAUUAGGGACUUUAUUCACUGUGACAUUGACUGUAAGCCAUGCUGUGCCAGACAAGACCAAACCAUUAUAUUGUCUGCUCUGUUUCAGGGAAUGUUCGGGAAUCAUCUUUAAUAUAAAAAAAAAAUAAAAACACUGCUGUGCAGUCCUGACGAACUAAGGACUGACCAUUUUAUAUACUUGUAGACCAGUUUUCAUUCACAAAUGUGUGUUAUUAACAUAAGUGUCAUUGGCCUUGCUUGGCUGUCAGAAAAUUUGCUGAGCCACUGUUGGCAUUCAUCAUUUUUAAGCGCCCAAUGUUGAAAUGAAGGUCUGUAGAAAAGUGUAGAAUUUUGGCAAAAAAAAGAGAAAAGAAAGUGAAGUUGGUUAUCUCAAAUAGGUUAAGUCGAUCUGUGUUUAGUCAAAAAAAAAAAAAACAAGUUAUGUAAGUCAGCUGUUAGUUGGACGUGAGGAGCAAGAGCACCAUCUGCUGGAGAGAAAAA